CUACGGUCAUUGUAAAUGUCAUUUGUUUAAUUGUUUGAACAGUCGCCUGUCAGCAUGUGCUUUCUUCCGAUUGGUCGAUUCCCCACUAAUCAGUUUCGUGUUGCUAUUUUCGUAGUAUGGCCGUUCUUCUGUCACUUACUUCUUCAAACUAUGACAAACUGACAAAAUUAAUCGCAACUUGCUGAAACAAAUAACAGAUCGCUUCAAACCUACAUUCCAGUGCUUCAAACAAUGCUUAAAAAGCUCGUAGUAUUCUGCUUAGUCGUAAACAUAACCUCAAACAUUCACUACGUGUCCAGCACAUCCAAAGAAAAUGCCUCGAAAGCCGUCAAGCUACCCCCUUGUCGCGCAUGCAAAGUAUUCGUAGAAUCCUUCAAAAAAGGCAUCGAGAAAACCAAGAAAGGGAAAUUUGAAGGAGGCGACACCGCAUGGGAGGAAGAAAAACUCGGAAGUUACGCCACCAGUGAAAUACGGCUGGUGGAAAUCCAGGAACAUGUUUGCUCAGACGUGCCUGAGGGCAAAGACCAGUGCUACGCCCUCCACGAACACUUCGAUGCCGAAAUUGAAGACUGGUGGUUCAACUUGCAAACAGACGAACCCGAUUUGUAUUCAUAUUUUUGUAUAAAAACCAUCAAAUAUUGCUGUCCGGAUUUACACUUUGGGGCCAACUGCACGCCUUGUUUGGGGUUCCCGGAUAACGUUUGCAGUAACAAUGGGAAGUGUAAGGGUGCUGGAACAAGAAAGGGAAAUGGUCAGUGUAGUUGUGAUGCCGGAUAUACAGGGGAAGCUUGUAAUGUGUGUUCAGAAGGGUAUUAUGAAUCUUAUAAGGAUAGUAGUAAGGUGCUGUGUUCGAAAUGUCAUGUGGCUUGUGACGGGCCGUGCACGAAAGCAGGGAAUUCGGGUUGUGAAAAGUGUAAACAGGGUUGGCUAAUGAGUGAAGAAAAGGGUUGUCUUGAUAUUAACGAGUGCGCUGAUUCACAGUCCCCAUGCAAAAAUAACCAGUUCUGUGUGAAUAAUGAUGGCUCAUAUAAAUGUUUAGACUGUGAUAGGGCUUGUGCUGCAUGCACAGGAGAUGGGCCAGAUAUGUGUACUCAGUGCGCGCCAGGUUUUGUACUAGUCAACAACAUGUGCACAGAUGCGGAACAAGAAAGUCGGAAACAGCACGUCUUCUUGACACGCUAUUUAACAUAUUUGGGUCUUUGCAUCGCUACUUGUAUUAUUUUCAACAAAAAUACCGUUGUGGCUGCUAUCGUUGGUAUAGCCGUGGCUAUUUACAUUUCUGUUUCUGAGUAUGUACUCAACACACCACCCACUCCAAAGACGGACGAUUUAGCUGAGCAGUUGUUACGCGCGCAAUAGAUAAUUUUAUUUAUUUAAUUUAUUUUGUAUUACAAAAUGUGAUUUGAUGUUACCCA